GGUUGGAAGGGGGGGUGAGACGAGAGCGUGAAAAGGGGCAGGGAUGUGUGGGUGUUAGUCCUUGGGUUUUUAAUACCAUCAAACGGAGUUUUGAAAGCGAUACUGGGGGACUCUGAAACAGUUUGCUCUUCUGACUUCUGAUUAAGUUGCUUCGGGCCGUUCCCUGUGUGUGCCCUUACCCUGUGGUGCUGUACCCCCGUGCGCCCUGGUGUCGGUCACCCGAUCAGCUGGGGAACCAGAGCCCUCCACACUUCAGUUGACAGCGCAGAGACUUCAUGAAAACACGUGUCUGUGUAUGUGUGUCUGUGCUUGUGUGUUCGCCACCCCCUCAUCAUCACAUCCCACUGAUCACGGCAGCUACUACACACUCCACUGUGACGGCAUUUGUUGGUAUGAUUCUUUUCUGGUUGUGUUAUAAGGCUUCAAACUUCUGACAACAUCCAGUUCGCAGAACGGGGGACAUUAACGAGUUCUCCCCACCCUCUUACAUUGACGAUACUCGACCAACCGUCGCUUCACGGACCCGGCACAUAGAGAGAGCACAGACAAACGAACAGGUGGCUGUCAGAAGUCAAUACUGCCAGGUCUCUCAGCGUCAUCGGUUACGUGAGCCGUGACAGGGAGAGCGUUUGUGUGUGUGUGUGUGUGUUUGUGUGUGUGCUCACACAAGCGGAACGUCUUGCUUCGUGCUGACGUAGUGGACCUUACGUGCUGAGACUGAGCGAUACACACACCGAAAGUGGACAGAGGAUAGAGGAGGAGGAGAAGAAGAAGAAGAAGAAGAAAAAGAAGAAGAAGAAGAAGAAGAAGAAGAAGAAGAAGAAGAAGAAGAAGAAGAAAAAGAAGAAGAAGAGGAGGAAGAGGAGGAAGAAGAGGAAAGAACUGUCGACGUACGUCCACCUAAGCCCGACAGCAGCAGAGCAGCACCACAUGUGCCAGUCGUCGUGACACAUCAUAUUCUGACUUCUCACCUGGCUGUUUACGCGACUGAAGUCGCUCAGCUACAUCAUCUCCUGGACCUUGGUGAGCCUCUUGUGACACUCAGUCAUCCUUGUCCUCUAAUCCCCCGGAUCAACACCUGUACACCAGCAGCUGGAGCGCCUGACCCACGGACAUUAUGAGGAAAGGCAAAGGUGAAGUCGCGGGGACUGGGGGCUCCAGUCCGCCUGUGUCUCUGAAGCUGAUCACUGUCCAUGACGACAACAACAGCCGCAACAGCCCUGACACCGGCUCUGCCCCCUCUCCAAGACAACAGCAACAGCAGCAACAGCAACAGCAGCAACAGCAGCUGUACGACAAUCCAGGUUUUGUCAUGGAUGGGACAAAUGGUAACGUAAACGAAAGUGGCUCUCAAGGAUUUUUCCAACGAGGUGCGCGCCUCACGUGACGUGGAGAGCUAUUUAAAGAACAUGUCGCUCCUGCUUAACCUUCACUCCUCCAGCCUGGACGAGCUCAUAGAAAUGUGUCUGAAGAAGAUGCUGGCGAACAAGCUAGACAGCCGAGCCUACGACCAGGCUAAAGCCGCUCUCUUCACGCACGACUUUGAAAGGGACAAAGAACGAGCUGGAAGUGGCGCGAACAUUCGGCACCAUCUUCAGCAACAUCAACUUCCGCCAGGAGCUUCUGGAAGCUUCUACGGAGGAUAACUUCAAGGAGAUCCUGGGACGUGUGACCCACUCUCUGGCCGAGCUACACUCCAGGGCAGAUGUCAAACUGGACUUGUCGGACGAGACUCCGAAAAUUCGUUGUGGUUUCCUCCGAGGCAUUCGGGACGAUCUCAAACGGCGCCUGCCUCAUUACUUCUCCGACUACAAGGACGGAGUUGCGGACAAGAAAUCCAUUGGCAAGACAGUCUCAUGCACAUUUUUCCUCUACUUUGCCUGUAUCCUGCCAUGUAUUGCUUUCGGUGUGCUGAAUGAGGCAAAUACAGAAGGUGUACUGACGGUGAAAAAAGUGAUCUACUCCCAGGUGUUUGGCGGUCUCGUGUUCGCCAUCUUUGGAGGGACCCCACAGAUUGUUCUGCUCACCACAGCACCCCUGGCGCUCUAUACACAGAUCAUUUUCAACUUGAGUGACGAAUUUGACCUGAACUUCCAAGCCUUCUUUGCCUGUGUGGGUCUCUUCAACUGUUUGUUCCUGGUCAUCUUCUCCGUGUUUGACCUCAGCAUCCUCAUGCAGUUCUCCACAAGGUCAUCAGAAGAGAUAUUCGCCUUGUUCAUUUCUAUUGCUUUUUCUGUGGAUGCGUUCAAGAAUUGUGCCAAAAAUUUUGAUGCACAUUACUGUGAUCCCCUCGAAGAAAAUAUGUCUUCCAAUAUAACGACAACCGCAGCAACCACACUGGCAACUACCUUGGGGAAUAUGACAACAAUGUUGCCUGGCAACAGCACUGAGGAGGAACUCAAGUGUGCAAGGGAGAUUAGCCUGUUGUAUUUGCUGCUAUUGUUAGGAACACUUUGGCUAGGAGUUACCCUGUUUACUUUCAACAAGACCCCUUACCUGACUGCAGGCAAGAGAGAACUCCUGGCUGAUUAUGCACUUCCCGUGGCUGUUAUUGUCAUGGCAUUCAUUGGUGCUUUCCUAUUCCGAGACGUGAGCAUGAAGAAAAGUUUUAAGGUGAUCGAGGACUCAGACCUGUUUAAGAUUGUCGACUUGACCGGCCUUCAGUGGCAGGCCAUACUGGGAGCCUGUGGCCUCGGCUUCUGUCUCUCAUUGCUUUUCUUCAUGGAUCAGAACAUCUCAGCUGCUCUAGUGAAUGCACCCCAGAACAAGAUGAAGAAGGGCACAGCAUACCACUGGGACCUUUUGGUGAUUGCUGUCAUCAACUGUGUCCUGUCUCUCCUGUGUUUCCCAUGGGUGCACGCCGCGUUGCCACACUCGCCGCUGCACGUACACGCUUUGGCAGAUGUGGAGGAAAGGGUGGACCAAGGACACAUCUACAAGAUUGUUGUGAAAGUGCGAGAGACAAGACUCACCUGCAUUUUCUCCCACAUUCUGAUUGGGGUGAGCCUGCUGUUCCUGUCUGUACUGGCCUAUAUCCCCACCCCAGUGCUCUAUGGCCUCUUCCUCUACGUGGCUGUCACAUCGCUGUUUGGAAACCAAAUGUUUGAGCGAGUUCAACUUUUCUUUACUGAGCAGUCUGCCUACCCACCCAACCACUACAUCCGCCGAGUACCACAGAGGAAGAUGCACACCUUCACAGGGCUACAGCUGGUUCAGCUUCUGGUGCUGUGUGGUGUGGGGUUCGCACCCUACCCUUACCUCAAGAUGUUCUUCCCUGUCCUCAUUUUUGCUCUCAUACCAAUUAGACACAAAGUGAUUCCUAAGCUGAUAGAACAAAAGUAUCUGAAAGCUAUGGAUGGACACUAAGCCGGUUCUCAGUUGACACUUGCUCCUUACAGAUGGGGAAGAUGUCUGCCUGUAAAGGGCCUCGAAGGAAAAUCAGAACCACAAUUUUUAAGAUGAUUUCUUUAAUGGUUAAAAAAGGAUGAUAUCCAAUGAAAUGCAACUGUUCUGAAUUUUAUAUUCCUGCAAAAAUUGUUUCAAGGAGCUUUUUAUUUCCCAUGUAAUAUCAUUUGCAUCUGAAGUAGUAGUGUAUAAAUAUUUUCAUUCAGUUGUUUGGAAAAUCAAAACUAAUACAAGGAGAUUGUAGUGCAGCACAUUUGUGUAUUUCAGUUGUGUGUUCUUGUUGAGCAGUUUCCUUUUGUCUUUCCAUUGUAUUAUUAUAAAAGCCUAAAUUUAUCUGAAAAAAUGUUUUUGCUUGCUUUUUUAUUUGGCAUUUGAACAAAUAAGAUUUUAUGAUAUCCCUGUCCACUGAAAACUGUGAAUAACACUUAUUUUUUUCAGUCAUUUUUGGACACACACAAAACUAAAUAAGUGCACAAUACGUUUCCUUUUGACAUGUUGGUCGAGAGUGGACAUUAUAACUUUCACCUUUCAGAGUCCCAUUGUAUGCUGCAAACUCAUAGAGUAAAGGUAUUUUUAUCUGGAUAGGACAUUUGAUAUUUGAGUAUUUUGUUAUGUAUCUCUUCAGUAGCAGGGGGUAAAUUAUUGCCAUAUGUCCCAAUACCAUUUGCUGUGGGCAGCCGAAUUGCACCACAUGAGAUUUCUCAAAUAAUGUAGGACAUGCACACAUCAUAAGAUGGAACCAGAAAACAAGCCUUUAGCAAGAUUCCAAGCAGUUUUUGCCUACAGAUUAGACUCCUUUUAUGUUGCCUAUUCAUAUAUUUUUUUCCAUCUUACCUCACCAUAACUCAGUGACAUCUAUCAAGAUGCGUAUUACCUUAACAUAUCAUAUUAUCAUUUUCAAAUACGUGUGAAAUGACAGCUGUCACCUGCAAUAUGUGUAACAAUACAACAAAGUGAGUCACAUUUUGACAAUAUAAUGCAAUGGGUAUCAAAAUAAAAAUCUGUUCAGACAAACCCAACACAUGGGACGAAAAACAAUAUUAGUGUAGUUGCUUCGGCUCUGAAAGUUAUCUAUAACCACUUGAAGUUGCUGAGUCAGAAACACAUGGUUUAGAGUAAUUCGAGGUUUUACCCAGUAUCUUGCAACAGCAGAGUCAAGCAAUUCAUUUGUUGCAUUAUUACACAUAUUAUAAUGUUUUGUGUACUUAUACAUCCUAUGACUUCCUUUAGAGGUUACAUCUUUCCUAAGAUGAGAGGAGUCAUGUUGUUCACCUUUGUAAUUUUUUUUGUAAUUCACAGGGAUAACAAUUAUUCAUGUCCAAUGAAAUAUUGAUUACUGUACAUAUAUAUAUAUAUAUAUAUAUAUAAAAUGGUUACAUGUACAGUCGGGUACAGAUAGCAGGAACAUGGAAAACUCGAAAUCAUGGAUAGCUCAUACAGUUUGCCAUUCCCCAACUGUUAUCUCUUUAAUGUGUCAUUAUAUCAGUUUACCCAAAUUAUGAAUGUGCCAGAAACAUUUGUUGAUCCCUGACUUGUUUGAAUUAUCCAUGCCCGACUCUAUAACAGUUCUGUUAGCAACACAAAUAAUGUUUUGCUAUAUCCCCUUGCUCAACAAUAGUGAUGUAUGAAGUCAUCAAAGUCCCCUUAUGUGUGAGAUGCAAAAACAUGUAUUUGUAUUCCUCAGAGUUCUAUAAAUAUUAUGAUACAUUAUCGUGGGCUAUUAAUUAUCUGUUUGGAGAAUGAAAAUGUUCUCUGAAAUACAAAAGUAAGACUUAAUGAUAAUUGUGAAUCGGCAUAUUUUUCAAAUCACUUAAGAAGUAGCCUAACUAUAAAUCCUUACACCAUCCUCAAAGACAAAGGAGUUUGUUUUCUCCUAUAGUAGCAAGUGCAAAACACAAAUUUUUGUUUUCAACAGAUGAAUGUAAAUUAAAAAAUUGUCUUUACAGUCAGAAUAUUGUAAUAUCAUACCUUAAUACUGGCUUUUUUAGGGAAAUUUUUUGCUGUCAAAAAUAUAAUUUGUGUUUGGAAAAUCAAACCAAUAGCAACAUAAUGAGAUACAGAAAAUGAGAACCACCUUCUGGUCAUGCCUUAACAUUAACAUGACAGCUUUUGUGGAAUUCUGACCUGCCAGAUAAUUUUAUUAUACUCUGAGAUUUCUUUUCAAGUGCCACAUUUGAAACUGAUAUCCACAGUCAUAGUUCCCCACUCAUUCCUCUUCUAGGAUCCUGGUCUUCCUGACGCCCAUUUGUUCAAGUUUUCAAAGUAAAUUUUUCUGAGAUUCUGUAUUGUGUUAUUUUUUUCACUCUGCUAAAGGACUGAUGAUUGGUGAUCGAAAUUUAAAGCUCUGGCUAAACUUUGAAACCUCACCUUAUGUGACGGUAUGUAGAGAAUUGACACUGAUGGACAUUUGAGGCAUUAAGUUGCUUGAUGGGCUUUUAUCUAAUGCAUCACCAUCAAGAUGUACACAUAUUUUUGGUCAGUUCCGUUUGAAUAACCAACCUUCUCUUGAAAAAGAUAUCAAUACUGAAAUGUGAAGCACCUGACUUUUUUGUGCAUUUAUUCAUUUGUACUAAUUAUGUAAAAACUGUACAUAGAAGGGUUGAUGAUACUGUAGGUUUGUUGUGAGUAUCAUGUAGUAGCGUUCCACAUACGAGACGUGUGAUGUUUUAAGCCCAUUCCAUAAUCUUUGUGAGUUAGAUGUAGGCUAGGGACAGAUAGGUCUAUUUUCUCUUCAACGUAAAGCUUGGCUUCAAAACUGUGGUAUGUGCAUUGUAAUUUAUAGAGUUUCAAACAUCCAAGUGUUGUCAGUACUCAGCAAUCAAAAUGAGAUUGUCAAAGUGGUAUGCCUCAACUGCCUUAACAGUGUAGGCCUAUGCCAUUCUAUUCUCUGUAAUUUUUUUCAUUUCAGCACCCUUUGAGGUCUUGUCAGGAAAUUCAGUUAAUCACUGAUAGUAUAUCUGUCUCCGCAGAUUUUUGCACAAAAAAAUUCUGAAAUUAUACAAACUGAGCCCAAAAAUGUGAAAUUAUGCGAUUCUGUUAAUUUUAACAAAGAAUGAUAAAGGAAAAUAAU